UAUACUUCUCUCAUUAUUUUGCAACCAGUAUAUCUCCAUGAUCCUCAUGGUAGGCUUCAUAGUCUACAUGCCUAUGUUGAUCCCACUGUAGAAUACUUUGGUUCGGACCAUCUCCCCUAUGCUCUGACAGCUCUUGUCCUCAGUUUUGCCUUGAUUCUGAUUCCACUGCUGCUCCUCUUUCUCUAUCCUUUGAGGUCAUUUCAGACCUUUCUGAACAACCGCCAGUGGCAGUGCACCACCCUGCACAUAUUUGCAGACUCAUUUCAAGGUUGCUAUAAGGAUGGGACUAAUGGUACUAGAGACUAUCGCUGGUUUGCUGGACUACAUCUUCUACUGAGAUUCAUCAUUGUGUUUUGCUAUGACACUUCAAAUUAUUACAGGGUGAAUGCUGUCCUUAUGGUUAUCAGUAUUGCGCUGUAUAUGGUUCUACUAGCGAUAUUUCACCCGUACAAGAAGCACCUGCACUUGAGGUACGAUAUGCUUCUCCUCUUUGGCCUGUUGUUGUGGUGCACUGCUCUCCAAGUGUCUGUGAUGCAGUUUGAUUCAUUUGAUGAGUACGACUUUGCCAUGCACCUGUUUCUCUUAGUUUUGGCAGCUCUCAUUCCGUCUGUUUUCUUUGCCGGGAUCAUCCUCCGAUGGAUCAUAGGAAAGAAAUUGCACUAUUGCAUGAUGCUAAGGUUAAGACGAAUGAACUCUUUGCGUGGUUCAAUGAGGCCUUUCAAUAAUAGACCUUUGUUUACUGACGAUGAUGACGAGAAUUCUGGUGUUGACACGUAGUGGAGGAUUUUGGGAGUUUGAGAAUCCUUUCAGUGUUGUUACUUUAGGAAAGUGACUAUGUGUUGUGUUGAUAGUGUUUCUCCCAACAAUGUAUGCAUUUGUUCUUUAGUCUACGUUUACCUUAAGAAAUGUCUACAUCAAAAGUGUUAUUAUAGUCAUCUUGUUUUUCAGUGCUAAACUUAAUAGUUUUUGUAUCAUGCUUAGACUGCAUUACAUUAUAAAACAUUCAUUGCACACCUUGUAACUUCAGUCAAAAAUCCAACUGUAAGGUGGCCACUAUAGCUGGUAAUGAGGAAAUUUCUGGGUCAUCUAGCUACCACCUGACUGCUUUUUUUUUCAAUGCAGAGCCUAAGAAAUAAUUAUGUUGUUUGGGUGAGUGUUACCAGACAUAAGACGCAAUGUUUUACACACCUGAUGAAAGUUUCAAAACUUUAAAGUA